CAUCAUUAAUUCAUCAAUCAUCUUUCACAAUUUCUCAAAAGUGCUCGUGCCUUGAAAAAAGUUUAUUUCUUUUUUUUAUUAUUAUUUAUUAUUUUUUAAAUUCAUCAUGAAUUUCGUACGCAUUAAAUGUAAUUUAAUUUUUUUAUUGGCGCUUUCCGUUUAUGCUGUCAAAUUUGUAAAUGGACGUCCUAGUUUGGAAGAUAAAUUACACAAUAAACACGAAGUAAACUCAAACAAAACGAGCAAGUCGGAAAAAUUUGUGAAAAAAUCCGAUUUGGAAGACCUUGUUCGUUUGAAGAGCCUGUACUUGGUGAAGAAUUACAUAGAAGAGUUCGAAACGCAUUUAGGACUUCGUUUCCAACCAGAUUGGAGUCAAAUUAACGUGGCCAGUUCACCUGCUCGGCAAAGUAUUGAGAUUCGUCGUCAAAAAUGGCAAUAUAUUUUCGAUAACUUUAACGAUUCGCACAUCGUUACGCGUUUAAACUCGGAAAUGGCGAAAGCCGGAAUUAAUCAGACGACAUUUUGUAACGAUAUAGCCGAUGUUUAUUUUACUCUCUCGCUUAACCCUUACAUUUUCAACAAUCGAUUCGAUCCUCACUCUAAUCAAUCCAUUGGCACAUUGCUGCAGAAAAAGUGUGUGAUUGUUUUCAUGAACUCGGUUUCCGGUUCGGAAUUGAGUUUCGAAGAAGACGAAGAAAAGGUACAGAUUCCUAAAUCGUUGUAUGUCGAGUUGAUGCGAAAAGAUGCACAUGCUUUUCAUAUGAAACGGUAUUACGAAGAUCGACUGCGUAGUUUAAAAUACGCAUUCCAGAAAAAGAUUAUAGAAGAUGGCAAACGUUUCGAAAUAUUAUAUCCUAACAUAGACGUUCCUGCAUACUAGUUUUUAAACCGCAUUCAUAAUUUUAAAUUUUGUUCAGCUUUAGUUAGGUACUUUCGACAAUUUUGUAUAGUAGUAGGCGAUAUUUAAUUACAAAGUAAUUUUUUUCGAACGCUUUAUGUUGAAAUAUCAAUAAAAGUAGAUACUUCGUUGUA